GUUUUCGCCCGACGAAAUGCCACGCGUUCUGUCUUAUAUUGUAAUCGUGUCAAUGUUGACAUGUACUGCGCAUGGACAGCAUAUUCCUCCGACCGUCGAGAAUAAUCGAAUCAAUGAGGAGCCGCGAAAUAAUGAUUCAUUUAAAAUUCAAGAACAUACCGAAGCGAUUAAACGCCUUCAAAAAAUAGAUAGCUACGAACGUUUGUAUAAGAUGAUUGUAGUUCUUGGUGAAAAAAUGAUCGAUGUGAUCGAGACAAGUAAAUCAUUAAUCGAAAGUGGAGGUUACAAUCCAGAUAACAGAUCGUUGCCACAGAAUGUUACCGUACAAAGUGCAAUAUCUACCACGUUAGAAAACACGGCAUUCUUUGGAGACAUUCUUCUUCAUUUUCCUCAUAUUAUUCAUCGUGUACUUAAGACGCAACGAAAAUGGAAUCCGAUGCUAAAUUGGUCGUUCAAUUUUACUUAUCGAGCAAAGUAUCUGUUAGACUCGGAAACUGUUACUAAAAUUCAUUUAGCAUCUCAGGAAUUGAACAUUAUAAAACGCGAACAGGGAUAUUUCAAUCCUUAUUGGCAACCUACUGAGUCUCAAACAGGAGACAAUGAAAAGACAACAAAAAAGAAAUCGGCAAAGAAAGAGAAACAAAAGAAGAAACCACAAAUGGUCAAGAUUGAAUUCUGAAUAUUUUUAUGCUUUUUCGUACGUGUACGUACACUAAUGAAAUGUAUUUAUAUAUAUAUAUAUAUAUAUCUUACAGGUAUCAAUAUUAGAUAAUUUUAAU